CUCCCUGAUUGGUCCGCCGGUCCUCUGCGUCUCCAGACGCGCCCCCCGCUCCAGAGAGUCACCUUGCCCGGCCGCUGCUGCUGCUGACCCGGUUACAGAGAGAGCAGGUGGACCGUCCGGCUCGGAGGCGGACAGACAGACAGGCGGCGGGAAUCUAACCUGGGACUCUGCGACCGGCGACAACAUGGCGGAGACUAAACCUAAAACCUCUCCGAAGGCCAUCAAGUUCCUGUUCGGAGGCUUGGCCGGGAUGGGGGCCACAGUGUUUGUGCAGCCCUUGGACCUGGUGAAGAACAGGAUGCAGCUGAGCGGUCAGGGUACCAAGGCUCGGGAAUAUAAAACCAGCUUCCACGCUCUCUUCUCCAUCCUGAAGAACGAGGGGGUCGGAGGCAUCUAUACCGGUCUGUCAGCAGGUCUGUUGCGUCAGGCGACCUACACGACGACCCGUCUGGGGAUCUACACCAUCCUGUUUGAGAAGAUGACCGGAGCAGACGGGCGGCCGCCAAACUUCUUGUUGAAGGCUCUGAUCGGUAUGACAGCCGGAGCUGUUGGAGCGUUUGUCGGGACUCCAGCUGAGGUCGCUCUGAUCAGGAUGACAGCCGACGGACGUCUCCCAGCAGACCAGAGGAGAGGUUACAGUAAUGUUUUUAACGCUCUCGCUCGGAUCACCAGAGAGGAAGGUGUCACCACGCUGUGGAGGGGUUGUAUCCCCACGAUGGCUCGAGCUGUGGUGGUGAACGCCGCUCAGCUCGCCUCCUACUCUCAGACAAAACAGGCGCUGCUCGACUCAGGGUAUUUCGGGGACGAUAUUCUGUGUCACUUCUGUGCCAGUAUGAUCAGCGGUCUGGUUACCACGGCAGCAUCGAUGCCGGUGGACAUCGUUAAGACCAGGAUCCAGAACAUGAAGAUGAUCGACGGGAAGCCUGAGUACAAGAACGGUCUGGAGGUGCUGAUGCGCGUGGUGAGAAACGAAGGCUUCUUCUCUCUGUGGAAAGGUUUCACGCCGUACUACGCUCGCCUCGGGCCGCACACGGUCCUCACCUUCAUCUUCCUGGAGCAGAUGAACCGGCUGUACAAGACGCACGUCCUGGACCGCUAACACACACACACACACACACACACACACACACACACACACACACACUUCAUCGCCUUCCUGACGUCAUUUUUCAUAACUCAGAUCUGAAGAAACAGUCGCACAUUUAGUCAAGUUCUUCUGUAAGAAGAAAAAAUGUUGGACUGUUCCUUUAAAUGGUAACUUUGUUGGACUCUAUGUUCUCGUGUGUGUGUGUCCUGGUGUACUGGUCCAGUAUUAAACAAGAACCAAGCUGUGAUGUAACCCUAUGACCAAUCUCCACCAGACUCAUGUAAAUAAUCACUACUUUUAGUGUGUAUAGAGCCAGCAUAUCUCCACAUGUAAAUGGGUGAAUUAAGGGUUAUUUCAACCAAACCAG